AGUACUCAGACCUUGAUUCUGAGCAAUAUAUUGAUAAUGCUAUUCACAUUCUUGAUUUGUCCAAAUCAGGGGAGAGACAGGAGGAUACCUUAAUUCCUGAAACAUCAACAGCCAAUAAAUUAGAGGAUUAUAAAUUUGCUUCAAGACAGAGCACGCCUCUUUAUCAAAUAACUAGUAAUUCACGAACUUUAAAUCCUUGGAUGAAUGUAUUUGACCGUCAAUAUGAGAUUACUUCUAAAAAAGUUCACUUACAACGGGAGCCUAACGUUUUACUUCUCACAAUUUUAUUGAUGGCAGCAUUUCAUCAAAAUUUAUUUUUAGUCACGCCAUGUAAUGAUACUCGCAUUUUCAAAAAUUGCCCUCCAGAGUUUAAUCGCAAUCACACAAUUGAAUUCUUUGCCAAAGUCCUUCCACCAAGGCAGGUGUUAGUAGAAACAUUUGAAAAGGAUAUCGGAAUUAUACAGAAAAUGGUACAUCCAGACAGUGAACCAUUAAACUCUGAUGGAGAUUAUGAAUAUAGUUAUGUUGAAUUCGCAAAACCUGCUAUACCACUGUGGACCCAUUCUCGAUAUCGGACGAGAAGAAAAUCUUAUCUAUGUAAUAAUAUAGAACAGCAUUUACCAGAUGCAGUAUUUUUAGCGCCUAAAUUAAGGACAGUCAAAAAUGGUGUCUGGACUGAUACCAAUAGUGCUGCAAAUAGCGCAAAUGGCAUAAACAAUACAGGUGCAGCAUCAUUCACAGUUGGAUCCUCAUCAUAUCCGGAAGAACUAAAAAAAUUGCGAUUUUCUGGCAUUAAUGGAUGCCCUGAAACUUCCACAGCGCUUAGUCCUAUCUUUCACUCCAAGUCUACCAGGGCUUAUCAAUCAAAAACUUCCCUAUUUUUUCCAUUGAUCAUUAAUGAUGGUGAACACAAAAAUUAUGCCGUUUGUGCCGGGAAAAUGAUAACGGUGGAUCAUGGAAAGUCACACGUUGCAGAACAUGUCACAUGUCUUAUCGGUCCUCCAAAUGCGACCAAUAAUGUCGGAGAUGUGAUUCUUUCAAUUUUUGCAAACAAAAUAAUAGAACGAGAAGGCAUUUGGCAUGUACAUGUAAAUUUGACAGAAUACCCACUUUUCUAUGUAAAACCUUUGGAAAUCGAUAAGAGGUUGAUUAAUUCAAUUAGAUACUUUCUGAGACAAGCAUUAUUUGAAAAAGAGCCUAAGGUAGAGAACAUAAGAGACGACUAUUCAAAGAAAAAUCUACCGUAUUUACUAACUCAACAGGAAAUGAUUAAAGUUUGGGAACAAUGUAAAAUUACGCCAGAUUAUGCUGGAAAAUUGUUGAUUUUGAAUCAGUUUAAACGUGGAAUAGACGUUGAUGGCAAUAUGAUCAAUA